GCGCUUACGUAAACGCUCCCCGCCGGCCGCGUCCCCGCUCGUAAUCAAGAGGCCAUCAAGCAAGCAAGCGCGCGUCAAGUGAGCCGACCCGAGUGAGUGAGCACAGCAGCAUGGACGCCUUCCACAACUUGCUGCGCGAGGCCACGAACCCGCGCAACGGCGCCACGGGAUCGUCGCCGCUCCCCACGCCCGGCAGCCUCACGCAGGCGCUGCAGAACGCCGGCGGCGGCCACGCCAUGGGCAUGACGCCCCCGCAGCUGGGAGGUGCUCCCGGCAACCCCAUGGGACUGCCGAUGGGCAUGAGCAUGCCGCUGUCAAUGCCCGGACUUCAGCCUGGUGCCGCCAACGGCCUCGCCCCCAUCCACGGCGGCCGCAUGAACCCGCUCAUGGCCGCCAACAACUCGAUGUUCCCGAGCCUGGGUGGCGCUGCCACGUCCAUGAUGGCUGUCCCUGGCGCCGCAACGGCCACGGCCACUAGCGCGCCUGCCGCCGCGCCCGCUGCCCCCGUGGCCAAGGAGAAGAAGACUGCCACGAAGAAGCGCAAGGCUCCCAGCUCCAGCGCCGACGGAGAGUCGGGCGAGGACGGACGCAAGCAGCCUGAGGAGUACGAGGACCCCAAGGCCAAGCGUCGUGCGCAGAUCGCCAAGGCCGCUCGCAAGCACAGACAGCGCCAAAAGGACGAGCUGAUUGCGCUGCGUGCCAAGGUGAAGGACCUCAAGGAGCAGAUUGAAGUGCUGCAGUCGUCCGAGCCCUCUGAACACAACACCGAGCUCGGGUGGAAGCAGGAAGCUGAGCAGCACGCCGAGAUCCGCGCGCGUGUGGACCAGGAGAACGAGUUCCUCCGCAAGACGCUGAUGGAGCAGAUGAAAUUCAUUCAGCGGCUACAGGACUACUUCACCAAGCAGCCGCUUCUCAACAUGCCGUCGCUGGACAUGAUCCUGAACUCGUCGUCUUCAGCCUCCACCACUCCAGUGGCUCUGUCCAACACGAUCUCGGCUGCUCCUUCCGUGCUGCAGCUGCAGUCCGGUUCGUUCCGUGACCGUCUUGUUGAGAUGGCCUCUGAAGCGAUGGUCAACUCUGAGAAGCAGCUCACGUCGUGCGAGACUGCCUUCCGCAACCCGAAAACGUCCACUAUGACGUACUUCGGCCUGCAGGUUCAGUACGAGAUGGGCAAGAACGAAAUGGGCAUCUUCUUCCGCCACCACUUGUACGGCUGCAACUCGAGCGUGGUAAUUAACGACCUCUGGUCCGUUAUUGGCGACGUCACCUUUGAGAAGAGUUUCGCGUUCACGGAGACGGCGGAGGUCCUGGAGGAGGUCGAUCCCAACACCAAAUACAUUCGUCGCGUGGUGAACCUCACCAUGUCGAACGACGCCGCUGUCGGCGGAGGCAUGAUGAAGGAAGAGAGCCUGACGGUCAACCAGAAGCGCGACAACCCGGAUGGCAGCUCGACUAUGAUUUCGCGAACCGUCCUUGACGACCCCAGCCACCCCAAGUCCCCGGACCACCUUCGCCGUAACGCCACCACUGCGGUGUCUUUGAAGAACUUUAGCGACACAACGGGCCAGGGCUGCUUGCUUCUCUGGUCUGUGAAGGUGGAGCUGGACAAGGACCCGGAGGAGCGGGCCAAGAGCUUCAACAUCCCAGACAUUAUUUUGAAGAACCUUUUCGAGGUCGCCCCUGUGUACGUCAAGGGUAUUGUGGACCGCGCGCGCGGAACACUUCCCCAGAGCUAAGCCCGGCGUGGUGGUACAUUAAGGUGGCGUAUAGUCCAACACGUAGGAGAUUUAUCCGUUGAGUUCCAUGCAUGUCCUUCCCCGCCAGAGAUAUCCAGCAAAUCUGGCGGUUAACAGUGAACAAGCAUGCACUUCAUU